UUCUCUGUCUUGAUUUGCUUUCGCUCUGUCAGUGACUUUUCCUCCCAAGUGUAGCCAGCAACAAGGUAGUGAGUGUACAUCACACCCGGGCUGACGCGUGAUUACCAAUGGGAAAAAAUUAAAAGGGGCGAUAAACGCACGAAACAUUCAAGGCAAUGCCCCUUUUGUUGUCAGCGAGCGUUUUAUAAGUGUUUGAUUAGUUUGAAUCUACCUACAUUUUUGGAGGAUGAUACCACAAUGAAGAACGUUAGCCAAAUUUGGCGUUUUAGCUAGCUAAGUGUCAUAUAUGGCUAGCUAGCCCGCCUAGCUAUAUAUUUUAGCCAGCUAUCUAACGUUAGCCAUACUUGUUAGCUAGGUGGUCACGGCUAGCAAAUACAACACAAGCUAGCUACAGUACAGUAGCUUGCUAUCCUAGCUAGAUAAAGCGAGUACUUUUUUUGUUUUUAAUCUUCGUCGUGUUUUGCCGUUUAACAGCUAGUUAGAAAUUUAGUUAACUAGCAGAUGGACAGUUUCACAGAGGCUCUUUGUCACUACUCGGACGUUUUAUGGUCUUGGUUCUGGGGCGGCUAGGCGUAGCAUGAGACUGUACAGAUGUGGCAGCCAAGUUUGUCCCGUUGUCUCCGGGUCUUGGGUUGGUAAGCAUACGGGAAUUUAAAUGCGUUGGAAGAGUCGUUGCUAGAGAACUACGACAUUUAGUUAGAAAUAUAUUGGUCAUUUUUGGACUGAAACGCUAACUAUCCUGUUGACUGUGAAGAGCUAGCUAGCUAUUGUCGCUGGUUAGGUGCUAUCUAGUUUAACUGGGCCAUAUUAGCUAGUUGUAUCUGCCUUGACUAGAGACUUACAAGCUGUCAAAUAUUUGGUGUAACUGCCCAAUGCUAGCUCGCGCAAAGGCGUCCUCAAGAGGCCAAACUUCGUAGCUUGCUGGCUACAUUUGUUGCAUUCACACCACUCAUUUAUUUUUACCCUUGGACUGUCCAUUCGGAUUUACAAAGGGGAUUGGGACAAUUGUUUGCUAUUAAGUGUGAGGUGUGGGCGCCGCAUUCAAGUCUGGCGUUUAAAUACUGCGGUGAUGACUUUAGAAUCCAUGAUGGGUUGUUGCCUGAGCGAGGAGGCGAAGGAGUCCAAACGAAUCAACGCCGAGAUCGAUAAGCAGCUCCGCCGAGACAAGCGAGACGCGAGGAGGGAACUUAAACUUCUUUUGUUGGGCACUGGCGAAAGCGGCAAGAGCACCUUCAUCAAACAGAUGCGCAUCAUCCACGGGACGGGCUACACCGACGAGGACAAAAGAGGCUUCACCAAACUGGUCUAUCAGAACAUCUUCACCUCCAUGCAGUCCAUGAUCCGGGCCUCUGAGACCCUCAAGAUCCAGUACAAGUAUGAACAAAACAAGUCCAACGCGCUACUGGUGCGCGAGGUGGACGUGGAGAAGGUGUGUUCUUUUGAACAGCCCUACAUCAGUGCAAUAAAGAUGCUGUGGACAGACCCUGGUAUCCAGGAGGCCUAUGACCGUAGACGUGAAUAUCAGCUCUCGGACUCCACCAAAUAUUACCUUACAGAUUUAGAGCGAAUAGUGACCGUGGGUUACGUUCCCACUCAGCAGGAUGUGCUGCGGGUUCGUGUGCCCACUACUGGCAUCAUUGAGUACCCUUUUGACCUGGAGAAUGUAAUCUUCAGCUAUCUAAGCGAUCUGGAUCGUAUUGCCGAACCAAACUAUCUACCAACCCAACAAGAUGUGCUUAGGGUUCGCAUCCCCACCACAGGGAUCAUUGAAUACCCUUUCGACUUGCAAAGCAUCAUUUUCAGGAUGGUGGAUGUAGGGGGUCAGAGGUCAGAGAGGAGGAAGUGGAUCCACUGCUUUGAGAACGUCACGUCCAUCAUGUUCCUGGUGGCCCUCAGCGAGUAUGACCAGGUCUUGGUGGAGUCUGACAAUGAGAAUCGGAUGGAGGAGAGUAAGGCUUUGUUCCGGACCAUCAUCACAUAUCCCUGGUUCCAGAACUCCUCAGUCAUCCUGUUCCUCAACAAGAAGGACCUCUUAGAGGAGAAGAUAAUCUACUCCCACCUGGUCGACUACUUCCCUGAGUUUGAUGGUCCGCAGAGAGACGCCCAGGCAGGCCGGGAGUUUAUCCUGAAGAUGUUUGUGGACUUGAACCCGGACAGCGACAAGAUCAUCUACUCCCACUUCACCUGCGCCACGGACACCGAGAACAUCCGCUUUGUGUUCGCGGCUGUCAAAGACACCAUCCUGCAGCUCAACCUCAAAGAGUACAACCUGGUUUGAGAGAGAAGUUGAGCGAGAGAGAGACCUGCAGCCCACGCACAGCAGAGUGCACAUCUAUACACCAACAAAUUAAACAGUACACAGUUCUGCACUAAAAUACGCAUGUGAACACAUGCACCAAUAUAAAUACAAACACACACACACACUCAAUAGAUCCCAGGCUCUAUCCACCCAUGGCCCCAACAUCCACCUGCUCCUUGUCUAUGGUUCAAUUGGGUGUGUUUUUUCAGUUCCAGUCACCCCCCCCCCCCCCCCCCCCCCCCUUCCUCUCUUCCUAUUGCAGCCCAUUCCCCUCCUGAUGACACACACACACACACACACACAUCUGCUCCAAGGCUGUCAUGACCUGCCUGGGUGGUUGACAGGUCUCAUUUGUCACCCGAUGUGGCUCAGGCCUCUGGGUCACCCCUUUUAAAGGAGCGGGGGGGGGGGUAGAGGUCUGUUUUGAUUUGGUGGCUUAUUUGCUGGUGUGAUUUAAAGGAAGGAAAGCUGAGGUUUUGGAGAACAGGAAAAAGCUGGUGUCAUCGUCCCCCCUUCACCUCUGUCUACAGGGUAGGAGUGGGGGCUGGGGACCCACCAGUCUGCAGGGGGGUUGUGGGUAACUGCAUAUAAUUGAAUCAGAGCAGGGGCAGGUGGUGCUGAGGUGUGUUGGGAAGCUCUACUCUACAUGGUAUUUUGAGGUGUGUGGAAAAACACACACCUCCCCCAGACUGGAAGACACCUUGCACUGUUGAAUGUAAAAAGUGUGUGCAAUACAAGCAAGAGGAUGCUCACACAGACAGAGCAAGGGUGGGAGAGAUUAAGUAAAUUGAUCUGUGUAUAUUAAGAAUUCUUUUAGUUUAUUGAUUACUACAAUUGCUACUACUGCUUUCCAGCUAACUUAAGUCACAAGUUGGUCCUCCACACACAAUGUCAGUGCAGCUUCUUUUUGGAAAGGCAUUGGAUAUUUGUUUCCUAUUUGGCCAAUAUUUUGAGAAACAGUAGUGAUUAUUAAGAGUAAAUAUUUGUUUUAUUUGUUUAAUUUAUGGACCAGAUCUCUAGAUGUUGUUGGUCUGACUUUUCCUCCCUGCUUCCAUCCAGGUGUCUCCAUCAGAUGGGGAGGGGGAGGGUUCAUACUGCUGUAAAAACAUGUUUCGUCGGCAAGUCAUCUACUUUUCGUUAGAGACUUCAUACUUUGUUGCAGUUCUGUUCCGUUUCAAUUUUGAAAUGCUUGAGAAGAUGAAUUUCCAUUUAGGGUUGGCGCUUUAUGCAAAUAGUAAAAUAAAAGACACUUAUCAGUGGUUGAAGUUUUAACUGGUCCAUGCUUGCAUUUUUUUAAAUGUAAGAUUUUUGUUUGGUUUUCUUUUUUAUCCCAUAUCUUAUCUCUUGCUUGGUUAGAGUUCUUAAGAUUCCAUAGCUAACAAUGUCAAUAGAUGUGCUAUUUUGUUUUCGCAACAUAAUUCAGGUGAGUUUUCAUUACUAGGGCUACUACUAGCAAAGUUGACAGAAUGAAAAGACUAUAUGGAUGAUAUAGUGCAAUAGGUGCAAUUUAAAGUGGUUUUCUGAAUCAGGGAGCCAAAUGGAAGGCUAUUGCCACAGGUUCAUAGUGUGAACUGUCCAGGGACACCAGUUAGCAUUGGAGGAUGACUUCUGCUGGAUAUUUGCCUGUAAACUUUUAACAGCCCGUUUGGGCCCAGAGCAGAGCCUAGUAAAACCACAAGGUGAUGGGGGUCUCACAGCUGCCUGUCUCAGCCAAUCUUCAGUGUGCUCUUCCUUUUCCACCUGCCACUCUUGUCACGAAUCAUGUCUUCUUCAGCGUGACUUUACUCCAUUGUUGUGGGUAGUUAGUUUUACAUCCCCUGCUAAUCAUGUUUCUAUGCUUCACCUUUUGUACACUAAGAAUGACCAUGACUGGGAUUGGACAGGGGUAUUUUGUAGAAAGACGUUUGAUUGCCACAGUGCUAUUUGCACUCCAAAGAGCUUUGGGUUAGAAUGGUCAGGUGAAACUUAACAGAAAAACUUUAGUUUUGACAGACAUGACAAACUUAUUGUUCAUAUCUUGUAUGUUUGGUGCCAAGUAUUUCUCAUUCUACAUGGCAAGUAAUUACCCUGCUGAGUUAUCUGUGCUCUGUUUAACCUCUAGCUGUGCAUUUACAAGUAUAUUGAACCUAGGGAUGUUUUGGGUAUAUCCUGAGUAUACUCUUCAGUCCCCUUUACUAAUAUGUCCACUGUAUACUAGUCUGGCUGAAAGAUCCAACUUUUACCUUCCCUAUACGUUGCCUCAUAACAUAAACACCAGGGUUGGUGUAACUAAUGGACAUUUCUAUAAAAAAUAUAUAUAUUUUGGAAAAGUUGUCACAUUUCCUUUUAAAACAGCUCAUUUAUAUAUUUACAACAUUUAUACACAUAAAAACAGCAUUUGAAUAUUACAUUUAAAUUUGUUAAAAAGUACAUGUUAAAAACAAUAGAAACAACCAUGAAUAAAAGUACUUUUCCUUGUAAAAACAUACAAUUCUGUAAAUGAUUUAACAAGGUAACCAUUUUUAAGACAUGAAAACAUGUUAAGUCACUUUGUUAAAAGACAGUUUUCGGUCCUUUGGACAGGAACGGGGUGAGUCCUUAUCAAACUCGCCUCCUCCUAAAAAUGUUGCUUUUAGUGGAGGUGGAAAGUAUUACGUUACAAAAGUUUUGAACAUGUUGGCCAUUUUGUAAUGCCUUGUCAUUUGGCCAAGCCACGGGUGGAUGCAUUAAAGGCCUUUCUUUGUUAAUUAAUUUUCCCACAGCCAAUACUUUAUAUACCACAUUAUUUGUGAAGUGUCCGUACAAAGCAGAAAUAUGAAUGCUUCCUGUGCAACUGCAGAUGAGGCUUUUGACUUAAUUAAACAUUUGAAAAUGUGACUUUAGUUCGUGAUUGCAUUUGCCAUGAUCUUGUUGAGAUUGUUGUCAAGUUGUCAGUUCUCUCAGGAGUACGAAGGUCUCUUGUCAGAGCAGGCUGGACUGAGAUGUUGCCUCUGGUACUUUAGAUCUCCACCAACACGGCAGCUUGUUUUUUAAUUGUUUUAGUGGUUACAGCUUCUCUGCUGCUCUUACCUCAAGAAGCACAGUCAUCCCCUUUUGACCUGUGGUUUACUUGCAUAGGUAGAGUAGGGUUUAGUUAUUCUCAUGCUGGGCUCUUUUCAUGCGUGUAACCCCCCAGUAAGUGAUUGUGCUUGUCUUUUGUUUCAUUAUACUCUAUUUCCUGUAAGCAUCUGCAUCAGCUUGUGCUCCAGUGGGUUUGAGGUGUAUGAUGUGCUGUGUGGUUGCUCAGCCCCCCCCCCCCCCCCCCCAAAAAAAAGGUCCAGUGCAGGCCUCCUUCCCUCCCUGCUGUUUCUAAACAUGGGCAUAGAGUCAGUGUGUCAGUUUACACAAAGUACCCUGGUUUUCACCACAUGGACUAUGGACAGUGUGUUGUAUGUAGCUCAGUGUUAUAUCCACCCUGUAUAGCACACUAAUUGAACGUCACAAUAACUAGUAAGAGAACACGUAAGAUAAGUACCGUCAGCAUUAAAACCAGCACUGUGGGGUUUGUUGAAGGGAUACACUACUAGAAGCAAGUUCGUGCCAUAGACUGAAUAGCAUUAUAUACAAACAGUUGCGACCACUCUUCCAGACAGUUUCCCUUGAAAUAAGCCUGUUAUACUUCAGCUUUAUUUAUUGUAAUACUUUGCCAAGUGAAGGUACCGAAAGGGCAAUAUACUAUAGCAGUUGGAUUAAUCGGUUAAUUAAUUAAUAUAGUGUUGUUUUAGAAUGUCAGCUGUUCUCUCCCCUUACUUGAUCUAUUAUAUUUUAUUUCUUCCGGGUCAAUGCACUGAACCUGCUCUGCAGCAAUGGGACUGCCUGCAUUCAUGCAACUUACAAGCACGUUUGUCGGUACUAUGAGAUGUGUGUACACUUUUGAUGGUUAAUGCUUUUGCUUGAGAUCGAUACUGAUGUGAUUGAUGCAUAGAAAUACUAAAAGCUAUCUUUGCAUCUUUUUGUUUCUUUUGAAAGUCAGAUGUUACCUGAACACUUGUAUUUAGGACCACUUAAUAUGAUAGAUUUUUUAAACAAGAGGUUAAAUAAACUUUGUCUAGUGGUGUGUAAAUUGAAAGUAAUGUAUUUUCUUUUAUUUUCUAAGUAUAACAAAUGUAAAUUCUGUACAAUAAUGAGUGUGCCAAUCCCCAUUCUUUGUAGAGCCAGACUCUAAACAAGUGCCAAUGUGAAAAAUCAUAAAAAGGACCUAUGUAUUUCAUGGUCAAAUUUUUAAAACAAAUAAACACUAAGUAUGUGAUUAAGAUAAAUAAAUGAAAAUGGACAACUUUACUCUGUAUUUAGGAUUAAUGAUGAACGGUUUUAAAUGUCAUUUUAAUUGCAUGUGUUGGGGGUGGAAGGGGAGGAAAUGGUAUUAAUGCAAAGCCCUUCAGAAAAGGGUCCUAAUGGUUAUUGAUUUACAGUAUUUUAGCCAUAUUUCUCUUUUCUAUGUUUCAUUUCAACCACUGUUGCCUGAACCUCAUUCAAACAUGAAAAUGAUUUUCAUAGCCUUCUCCUUCAAAGAAAAAUUCUCUGUUUUCAAUUGGAAUAAAAAUGUGUUCCUAUACUCUA